AUGAACGGCGCAACCUCUCCGAGGGUCAAACGGAAGCCCGCUCCUUACCCUAUUGAGGAGCGUCCGACCAAGAUGCCUCGUCCUCUCAAUGGCAAAGAGUCCGGCGGCGACAACACGCCAGAUCCCGGAGACGCGAUGAUGCUCGAAGCCGACUACGAUGACGACCACGCCAGGCUGCAACACCUCAUUCCCGCCGGACCUGAUACCGCCGAGUGGCAGGCCACCAUCGAGAACGUGGUGCGGAAUGUCGUGUCGGUCCGCUUCUGCAUGACAUGUUCCUUCGACACCGAGCCGCCGUUGAAUAGUGAGGCCACUGGCUUUGUCGUCGAUGCUGAGAAGGGAUAUAUCUUGACGAAUCGCCACGUCGUCGGUUCCGGGCCCUUCUGGGGUUACUGUAUCUUCGACAAUCAUGAGGAGGUCGAUGCGUACCCUGUGUACCGCGACCCAGUCCACGACUUCGGCAUCCUCAAGUUUGACCCCAAGGCCAUCAAGUAUAUGCCUGUGGCCGCCCUUGAACUCAAACCCGAGCUCGCCAAAGUGGGCGUGGAGAUCAGGGUGGUGGGUAACGAUGCCGGCGAGAAGCUUAGCAUCCUAUCUGGUGUCAUAUCGCGUCUUGACCGCAACGCACCAGAGUACGGAGAUGGCUACAUCGACUUCAACACGUGCUACUAUCAAGCUAGUGCGGCAGCUAGCGGUGGCAGUUCUGGUAGUCCCGUUGUCAACAUCGAUGGCCACGCCGUCGCCCUGCAGGCAGGCGGCCGAGCCGACGGCGCAGCGACUGACUACUUCCUCCCUCUCGACCGUCCGCUGCGCGCAUUGCGGUGCCUGCAGGAAGGCAAGCCUGUCACUCGAGGUGAUAUCCAGUGCCAAUUCCUCCUCAAGCCAUUUGAUGAAUGCCGACGCCUUGGCUUAACCCCGGAGUGUGAGGCGCAGAUGCGCCAAGCCUUCCCCAAGGAGACGAACUUGCUCGUCGCCGAGAUUGUCCUUCCAGAUGGUCCUUCUGCUGGAAAGAUCGAGGAAGGCGAUGUUCUUGUCAAGGUAAACGGCGAGCUCAUCACGCAGUUCAUCAGGCUAGAUGACAUCCUCGACUCUAGUGUCGACAGCACCGUGACCCUUGAUCUUCAGCGCGGCGGAGAGGACAUUCAAGUUGAGAUCAAGGUUGGCGAUCUGCAUGGCAUCACCCCGGAUCGCUUUGUUACCGUCGCUGGGGGCAGCUUUCACAGCCUCUCCUACCAGCAGGCACGCCUCUACGGUGUCUCGUGCAAAGGCGUGUAUGUUUGCGAGGCCACCGGCUCCUUUCGUUUUGAUAGCAGCGACAAUGGAUGGAUUCUGCAGACUGUAGAUCACAAGAAGGUUCCAGACCUGGAGACCUUUAUCGAGGUCAUGAAGGGGAUCCCGGAUAAGGCUCGUGUGGUCGUCACGUACAAGCACUUGAGAGAUCUGCACACCCUGAACACUUCCAUCAUCUACAUCGACCGGCACUGGUCGUACAAGAUGAAGCUGGCCAAGCGGAACGAUGAGACAGGCCUUUGGGACUUCGAGGACCUGGGAGAUCCUCUUCCCGCGGUCGAACCUGUGCCCAGGAAGGCGUCCUUCAUCCAGCUUGAGCACACUUCCCACCCUGCGGUCGCCGACCUGGUGCGAAGCUUUGUCCAUGUCAGCUGCACUAUGCCUGUCAAGCUCGAUGGGUUCCCGAAGAAUCGCAAAUGGGGCAUGGGCCUUGUUGUGGAUGCCGAGAAGGGCCUUGUUGUCAUUUCGAGAGCUAUCGUCCCAUACGACCUUUGCGACAUCAGCGUCACCAUUGCCGACUCCAUUGUCGUCGAAGGCAAGGUCGUUUUCCUUCACCCGCUCCAGAACUACGCCAUCAUCCAGUAUGACCCCAAGCUGGUGGACGCACCUGUGUUGAGCGCCAAGCUGAGCUCUGAGGAGAUCACUCAAGGCGCAUCGACUUACUUCAUGGGAUACAACCGUAUUGGGCGGAUCGUUCAUGCGGCCACCACUGUCACCGAAAUCUUUGCCGUCGCCAUCCCGGCAAACUCUGGCGCUCCUCGGUAUCGCGCAGUCAAUGUGGAUGCCAUCACCAUUGACACGAGCCUAAGUGGACAGUGUGGUAGCGGCGUGCUUGUUGCGCCAGACGGCACUGUUCAGGCGCUGUGGCUAACCUACCUGGGGGAGCGGUCACCCUCGUCUCAUCGAGAUGAGGAGUAUCACCUCGGUCUGGCCACGCCGACGCUCCUCCCGGUCAUCUCGCAGAUCCAGGCUGGCGUCACCCCCAAGUUGAGGAUGCUGUCGGUCGAGUUCAGGGCUAUCCAGAUGUCCCAGGCGCGUCUCAUGGGCGUGUCCGAAGACUGGAUCCACAAGGUGUCCCUGGCGAACACCUCCCACCACCAGCUCUUCAUGGUCACCAAGCGGACGUUUGAGCGCAACGAGCAGCCGGGCGGCGCCUUGCUCGAGGGCGACAUUCUCCUCACGCUCAACGGCAAGACCAUCACCCGCAUCUCCGAGCUCGACGUCAUGUACGGCAACGAGUUCCUCGAUACCGUCAUUGUCCGCGACUGCGAGGAGCUCCACCUCAAGCUGCCCACCGUGGCGGCCGAUGACGUCGAGACGGACCGUGCCGUCUCCUUCUGCGGCGCCAUCCUGCACCGGCCGCACCACGCCGUGCGCCAGCAGAUCAGCAAGCUCUUCAGCGAGGUCUACGUCUCGGCGAGGACGCGAGGGUCACCGGCCUAUCAGUACGGUCUGGCCCCGACGAACUUUAUCACGCAUGUCAACGGCAAGCCGACGCCGGAUCUCGAGUCCUUUAUCGCGGCCGUCAGGACGAUCCCCGACAACACAUACUUCCGGCUCAAGGCCGUUACCUUUGACAGCGUGCCGUGGGUCAUCACGAUGAAGAAGAACGAGCACUACUUCCCGACCAUGGAGUGGAUCAAGGACAGCAGCGAGGAGUGCGGCUGGCGCCGCAUGACGUACGAGGGCGGCAAGGCCAUCGAGGGCGAGCCGGCCGACGGCGUCCUCCCCGUCCAGGAGGACACCGGCGACAUGGGCGACGAAGACGGCAGCCUCGUCCCCGAAAAGAAGUGA